AGAGCCAGAAGAAGAUAUUGAAGAAGAAGUUGAAGUUCUCAUUAUUGGUAAUUAUGAAGCAUUAGCAGCACUUGAAAAAAUAAUUAUGUAUGUUGAACAAAAAGCUGAAAAAAUUCAAUUUCUAAAAGGCCAAAUUCAAGCAAUAAAAAAAUUGCAAAAGGCUAUAGAAUGA